UUAGUCAGGAUCAUUUGCUUUAUCCUGGGGCUUGGAACUCUGUUGCCAUGGAACUUCUUUAUCACAGCUAUUCCAUAUUUUCAUAGCCGUCUGUAUGAAAAUUCCUCUGUGAAUGGGAAUGUAUCGGAUUCAGAGCACCAAACGAGUGGGAAGGAUGAAUUUAAUUUUAAUAACUGGAUGACCCUCCUAGCACAGCUGCCUCUACUGCUUUGUACACUCCUUAACUCAUUCAUUUAUCAAUGUAUUUCUGAAAGGAUUCGCAUAGCGGGCAGCAUGUUGGCUAUCUUGUCUCUCUUUAUCUUCACUGCGGUUUUGGUAAAAGUUGUGAUGGCUGCGCAGACCUUCUUCAGUUUCACCCUGGCCACUAUUUGGUUUAUCAAUGCCUUUUGUGCGAUUCUACAGGGUAGUCUAUUUGGGCUUCUGACUCUCUUCCCUCAGCAGUAUAGCAGCAUGUUCCUUAGUGGUCAAGGAAUGGCUGGAAUGUUUGCUGCUUUGGCUAUGAUACUGUCAAUGUCAAGUGGUGCGGAUCAUGAGACUGUUGCUCUGGGUUAUUUCAUCACCCCUUGUGUUGGGACUUCCAUUUCAAUUAUAUGCUACCUUCUGCUUCCUCGUCUAGAUUUUGCACAGUAUCAUCUUUCUAAAUCCAACAGAAACAGUUCAAAGAGUUAUGAGAUGGAAACAAAAACAGAAUUGUUACAUCAAGGAGAGGAAAAUGGAGAUGCAGGACAGAAGAAAGCUGUGUUACUGCUAAAAGAGGCAGAAGCUGGUGGUGUAGAGGAAGAGAAACACACUGUGUCAAUCUGCACUAUUUUAAGAAAGAUCUGGGUAAUGGCUGUGACGAUAGUACUCACAUUUGGAGUGACGUUGUCAGUGUUUCCAGCAAUCACUGCCAAAGUUGGCACGAAUAUAAAACAUAAUGACAACUGGAGCAAAUUUUUCAAUCCUGUUUGCUGCUUUUUGCUUUUUAACUUGAUGGACUGGAUUGGUCGUAGCCUUACUUCUAAAACUCUGUGGCCUGGUCCGGACUGCAUGUACACACCUCUGCUGGCUGCCAGCCGCUUUGUCUUCAUACCUCUCUUCAUGUUCUGCAACAUUGAUGAUCGCCAGUAUCUUACCACCUUCUUCUACAAUGAUGCUUGGUUUAUCAUCUUCAUGAUCCUCUUUUCUGUCAGCAAUGGAUAUUUUGUAUCCCUACCCAUGUGCUUGGCUCCCAAGAAAGUACUGCCACAUGAGGGUGAGACCACAGGUGCUCUCAUGACCUUCUUCCUUGCUUUGGGACUUUCACUUGGAGCAGGUUUAUCCUUUGGCUUCAAAGAACUUUUAUAA